GACUGAAGAGCGCUGCCAACAAAGGCCGAGUCGAUGGGGUUACAAAAAAUUGUUAAUUUGGACAUAUAAAACCCUUUUGUUAUUGUAAUUAUAAUUUUAUAUAGGUUGUGAAUCUGUGAUUACGUUAAGAAAUGUGUGAAUGAUAUGAAUCGUGACGACUAGCAAAGGAGUCAGCUGGUCCUCAGUGCGAAUAGUGAAUAAGAAAUGGCGGCCUUGCCAGCAGGUGUUCAGUAUGCAUUAUCAUCAGAGUCUAGUUAUAAAGAAAACAAGGAACUAGUGUUUGUGAAAUUAACGGAUUCAGCACUAAAAGCUAUAGAAGACUUCAUUAGAAAUAAUAGGGACAAAUUGGCAAAACCUAAAAUACAGUUCCUACCCAAUAAUGAGGGGAAAAUCUCCAUUCCGGCUCCGACGAGUGGCAACGGGUCACCAAGCGAGUCCACAUUUAAAUUCAGUAUCAAUAGCAAUGCAGAAAUGGAGGGUCCACAGGGUUCGUUUGAGUGCGUUAGGGGUGGAGGAGCUCGGCGUUUGGAGUCGUGUGGGCCGCUGCCACGGAGGAUGCGCGUGCAAGCCAACGACGAUUCCUAUGAAGCCACCAAGGAUCGCAUGUCCAGAACUAUCGCCGCGGAGCAAAGCAAAUGCACACGCGUCAUAAAACCUAACCAAAAUGAUAUAGGGCGGCGAGUCAAAGUUCGCUCGACACAUCCAGCGUAUUCGAAUGGACCGGCAACUCAGGCGGAACGGCUCGAAAGGGCCGAGCGGUCUGAAAGACCUGAGCGGCCUGAACGACCUGAGCGGCCUGAACGACCUGAGCGGCCUGAACGACCUGAGCGGCCUGAGCGGCCUGAACGGCCCGAAAGGCCAGAACGGUCCGAACGGCCCGAACGGCCUGAACGACCUGACCGAUCAGAACGGCCCGAACGCCCCGAGCGGUCAGAAAGGACUGAGCGACCUGAACGGCAAGACCGUCCAGAGCGACCAGAACGGCAGGAGCGCCCGGAGCGGUCCGAUAGACCCGACCGGACGGAGAGAGCUGAACGAGUAGAAAGGCCGGCGGUCAUUCCGCCAGCUACCCGCCCGCCAGCCGUCGCGCCCUCGCUCCCACUCACACAGCCCCCUCAGCAGCACCCGCAACCACAUCCUCACCAGGCGCAACGGCCUCCCCCCAACCCAGACCUCACCAGGCGGCCUAUAAAAGAAAGACUUAUACAAUUAUUAGCACUGAAACCUUUCAAGAAGCCCGAACUGUAUGCGAGACUCGGCAGCGAGGGAUUCAAAGACAAGGAGCGUAUGAUGGUAAACAAAAUUCUGCCAGAGAUUGGCACGCUCAAGGACAAUUGUUACCACUUACGUAGGCACAUAUGGAAUGAUGUCAAUGAAGAUUGGCCUUUCUAUACAGAGGAAGAAAAACGUAUGCUCAAGAGGCGGAAACCUCAAAACCUCACACCACCCUUAAGCAGCGACUCUGCCAACUCGCUGUCGCCGCGCGCUUCCCCCAGCGCCAACAAGCGCGGCAGUAGUGCGGGUGCGGACGACGCGCCCGCCGCGAAGAAACGCAUCUCCCACUACAGGAGGCCCUCGCCGCCCUCCUCCGGCUAUGCGACCACCUCCUCCGGCGAGCGGCACGCGUCUGACAACGAAGACGACCGGACAGCGGUUAAAAAGGACAACGGCUACACACUCAACUUCACUACGGUUAAGGAUCUCUGCCCCAGUCCUGUGAAGGCGAACGGCUUUAGUAGAAGUAGUCCUCCUGUAGAGCAAACUAGUAUUACAGUAAAAGACAUCACAAAUACGGAACAUUUAGAUAGUACAGCUUUAACGUCUGUGCCUGAUGAUAACCCGACUGAAUCGGUAGACAUUGAAAGGCAAUACCCCCCAAUUACGAGUUCGAGCACGCGGCGAGCGUACAAGAACGAGUUUGCGACGCUGUACACGGAGUACCAGUCGCUGUAUGCGCGCGUUGCACAGGUUGCCGCGCUGUUCACACAGCUUGAGCAGCAGCUAAAGAGGGCCGAGCCCAAGUCGCCGCAACACCGGAAAAUAGAGCUCCACAUAGUCGAGGAGUAUCAUCGUAUGCGCAACGACGUGGAGUACCAGCGGGAGAGGCGGCGGGUCAACUACCUUCACCGUAAGCUAAACCAUAUCAAGCGGAUGGUGCAUCAGUACGACCAGCUGCGCAACCUGAAGCCGGAGCGAGUGUCGACCGCUAGCACGACGCAGGCGUACUGACACUCGCGUUACGCGCCGCCCGUUCGAUGCCUCUAGUACACUAACACGCAUCACCAAGCAUCGCAGCAGUUAAGUUGGACAAUUUACGUAACGUAACGUACCUAGGAACUACGAGUGUCUCCCUCUAGUGGCACGUACCGCUAACUCGGCCCAAACGUGUUGAAUGUUCAGUGCGAGCCAAAUUGCAGUAUUGUAAAUGUGUGUAAUUAAAAAAUAAUAAAAACGACGGUAGUUUUAAGCUAUCCGUUAUCGAGAUUCCUAUUGAUGCUGCCUUAAUUCGGUCUGAACUCAAAAUAUACAGUUUAAAGUAAAUGAAAAAAAAGACUUUGGAAGUUGUAUAUUGUGCGGAUUGGACGACGAUGCACGGUUUUGUAUAUGAAGAUGAUGUAUUUACAAUUUGUACACACAUAGGCUUUCUGCUAAUUUGGUAAAUGUUAUAUUGUUUGGUCGGAAGUGUUUAGUUAAAAUAAAAAAAGAAUAUUGUUAUAUUGCAGCAAAAUACGUUUAGUUUUAUGGUUCUUCCAUUAUUUUUAUAGAACGUAACGGUUAAUUGAUGUGAUCGAUCAAGACACCAAUGGGAGGUUAGGUCUUCGCGUUAUACCGGAUAUGAGGGCCCAUAUUGAAUUUUUAAGAAAACAUUUAUAAACCUAGCUAAUUAUAUUAUUACGUAUUUUCGGACAUUAAACUAUAUUUAAUGUAAUAUCAAACUUUAUUUUUUUACCGGGGACUUGUGUAUUUCUGUUUUGAUUACAUCCAAUAUGUGUCAAUGGAUGUUAACGUUUACAUGUUCUCAAAGCAGAAAGACACAAAGGUUAAUAUUGUAACAUAAUGUUAUUUGCUAUUGUUAGUAGUGAUGGGAUCUUGAGCAAGCGACUAAUCAACAUUGUUGGAUCCUGUAUUUGUUUUUAUCAAUCGGUUUUUAUAAUGUAAAUAACUGAAAAUAUUUUAUAUUUUAUAAUAUCAAAUAGUACAUAAUAGUCCAAUAGUAGAAUAUUUGUUCGUCCACAUUUUAUUCCGCUCGAAUAAUAUUGCCGUCUGAAAUUAUUGUUGUCCAAAUGAAUUUCGCUUCUAGAUAUUGCCCUUCGAUAUAAUUUCGCAGUAUAACGAUCGAUUAUGGAAUACUGCACUUAAAUGAUAUGGUUUAAAAUAAAACGAAACCGACUUUAUGAGCUAAUAUAAUAUUACAAGUACGGUAGUUACUAAACUACUGCACUAAUUUGCGAGUGAUUUAGUUUCUUCUGGCGGUCCUUAAGACAUACACUAUCCAAUACAAGAAAAAAUAUUCAUAUUGGUCUUUCUACAAAAGUUAUGCGUGAACAUCGACGAAAUUACAUGCCAGAUACGGGCCAUAUUGAUAACUUUCUUCGUUUGAAGUCUGUUUAAAAUUGUAAUGGCAAAAGUCCAAUUAUAAGAAUGACUUUUAGAUAUUCACCAAAAUACAAAAUAAGAUUGUUCAAAUUGGCCGACUCAAUAGCUAGGCGUGAAUAUCAAUGAAACGUAUACAUACAGACCUAGUUUAGAAUUAUCUCUUGACUUUGCAGUCGGUUUAAAAGUAUCCUUGACGGAUGAACGGCCUUUUUAAAAUGAUAUGACAUCAUCUUAUACUGUUUAGCGCAAUAUCGUCCCUUUCGCUUCGAUGCAAUCCAUCCAUUUUUUAACGUUGGACGUUCAUUUUGUAUGCGUCUUGCCCAGCUUGCAUGUUGUAUAUAGUAAUAUUAUAUAUAGAAAAGAUUUAUCAUGUUCUUGUUAAAUUUUUACUGUGGGUAGUGGAAUAUUUUCAGUUAAUGUCCUCCGCCCACUAUAUCGACGCCAAUCCGACUCGACUAAAAGCAUUGGAACGUGAGCGUUAUGUUAUGUGACACAAAGUCAUAAUUUUCAGCCUUUUAACAUCUCGCGGCUGGCCACAGAUCUCAUCUCUCACAGUAGUGAGUGUUUUACAGCAUGGGUCCACCACAGUGUGUGUUAGUGGACUAGAACGAUUAUUAUCACAUGUUAGUGAUAAUUAACGAGACCGACGUCACAGGGGAUGCACCGGCAAUUUCCCAACUCCGGGCUGGUACUUAGAAUUUUUAACAGAAAGACCCAAUACCUAACAAUUGCUAUGCUAAUGGGUAUGCUAAUCACGAGCCGUAACAUUGCAGUCACGUAAAGUUUACUUUUUAAAAUGUUUGCCAAAGCGUCCUGCAUUACCAAUAAUGCCCUACGUCUCAUGAUAUAAAGCUGACAUUUCAAUAGUUUAAAUAGAGUCGAGUCGGUGUCGAGUUGAUAUGAUGUGCGAAGGUCAAUAUUCAUCUUCGUGAAUAAUGUAAUCAAUUUAUUACACAUAUUAUAUUAUUGUCCAUAUCAAAUUCGUUCCAUGAACUCUUGGCGUGUUAUUGCCGCGCAUAUGAAGAUCUUGUCAAUAUCUCAGCAGCUUUAAUAACCAUUCAUUGAUGUCACAAAAAAUAUACUCUCAAAUGAGAUCAAUAUUAGUAUUAAAAAAAGACUAGCGGCUGUAACACGGCAGACCAUGGAAUACGUAAACGUCGCUUAGGUAACGAACCGAAAUAAUACGUUACGUUCUAGUGUUCGAGGAUUAAGCUUAAGAACACCUUUAGAUGAGACUUUAAUCAGUUUCUCAGUCCAAGGUUUCAAAACACUUCCAAUCACAGAUUAAUCGUAAUCCAGAAUGGUAGGCGAAGUCACUAAGUAUUGUUCACUUGUUUUACUUGAAAGUUGCUUCGCCUUUUCGCCCCUUAUUUAUGGUUUAGAAUCUUCUUCACACGGAAAUCGUUAACAACGGCAAUCCUCUAGAUAAUUUUGAUUAAUAAAUAUUUCAGAUUAGUUCUUAAGUUCCAGAAGUCUUUAAUAAACAUAAUUUAUUUCUUAUUAAGGUUUCUCUAAAAAAGUUAAAAAAAACCGGUUUCAGACACGCGUCGGUCAGUCAGUGUCAAAGUUUUAUUAUAUUAGCUAAUAAAUUAUAUUUUCUUGGUCUCGUAUGAAUUUGUUGAAAGGGUCGUAAUGUAGUUGAUUUACCUAAGCGACGUAAUUUAGUAGAUUUUGCCAAAAUUAUAAAUACAUUUUUAUAUUUAAUUAGUUUUAAAUUGCUAUAACGUCUCAGAGCUAGCAACAACCGGCCAGUGUUGAACAUCCACUAGAAGUAAGGAUAUAUUCUGGUCCCCUUCGGAAUUACCCUCCAGAUACAACAAUAAAAAGUAGUUAUUUUUAGUCUGCAUUUAGGGCCUUUGGACUUCGUACAUAAUGCCGGGCGGCUACUUCAAAUUAUACAAAUAACGUUUACAAAUUUUUUACCACCCAUGUCAGAAUGGAAGCAAUCUUUUGGUUACUUUUUAGUUAAAAGUAUGUGUCAAAAUAUAAAGAAGUGUGUUACAAUAAAAAAAAAAACAAAAAACAAAUUGUUUGUGAUGUUCCUUUUUUUUUUAAAGCAUACUUUAAAGUAUUAAGUAAUAAAAUGAUUGUUCUCAUUUUCACUACAAUGGGCCUUUUUGGAUUGUAAAAAGUUUGUGAUACUUUGUUUGGCCUGAAUGUCUUAGUUAACCAGCAUUAUUACAUUAGAUUGAGGGCAGAUUAUACAGUUGCUAAAUAACCUUACUGAGGAAUAAAUUUAACCAGUAUCCUAUAGAACAACUGGCAAAACGUAAAUUUAUCCCCAGAAGAUUAUUCAGCAUUUGAAAAAUCUACCCUUACUUUAAUGUAACCCACAGUUGUGCGUUGUAUUAUUUUUAAUUUAUUAGUAAUUUAUGCCCUCCCGGAAACUCAAAAUCUUGUUAAGGAUUAAAAGUUUAAAAAAGAAAUUAUUAAACCUUUAGAAUUUAUGCCGUAAAUACUUUAUUUUGAAAUUUAAAAUACUCAGUCUCUGGCCCAAGUGCAAGAAAAGCCGUCUUUCGUAUUUUGUCCUAAAACUAACGUCCAUAUUUUUAAAAUGAUUUAGCAUUAAGUAAUUCUGAUUUCUUCUCUGAAUAAAAAACUAGAUUUUUGUGAGUUCACUUGUUUAAAAAACCUUACUUGGCUGCAAAUUAACUGAAAAUGGCAAGUUGAUAGAAAUGCGUUUUUAGUUUCAAAUUAUUUAAGCAUUUUUACUUUUAUAGACAUUAUAAUAUAAUAGACAAUAAAACUAAUAACUUGAAUCGUUUUUAACCAAGUAGUGUACAGUCAGUAAGAUUUGUUUACAAAAUUCUAGUUUAAGCUACCUGUCCACCAGGAAUUUACAAUUAUAACUUUGUGGGUUACAAUUUCUACUAAUGCUGAUAUGAGCGUUAUAAAAACGAGCCAUCCUGUAAGUGGAGGCAGCUUUAUGAACUAUGUUCUGACUUGAAUUUUUUUUAAAUUUAUUACCACAUGACAUUUCAACAACUUGCCAUUAUUGUAGCCUAUCAAAGUAAAAAUAUCCAUUGAUAUAAAUCUUAAAUGAUUAUCAAAUUGAGUUUAAUGCACAAUUUGUUUCUUGGUUUUUGGUAAAAGAUUUUUACGCUAAUAUUCGCUUACCAUCAAUUAUAAUUAGUAUAAAGUAACAUUUCUUUUUUAAAUACUCGCGUAACAUAUCUAUUGAAAAUUUUGAGAUAGAUUUACGUAAUCUUGUUAAUUGAUGCUGUUAUUUCAGUUCAUUUUUGUCAAUUAGUAUGUCAAAUGACGUUGCUAUUUCCUUAUUUCCAUUGAGAAAGUCAAUUGUUUGUACGUAACGACACACCCAGUGUCAAGUAAUCGGUCAAUUCAUACGAAAGUGCCCUUUGUUUGCUCACACCAUUUGUUAUGAUUUCAAUUUACUCAUUAAAAUGCUCAAUAUUGUGGUCUUGAUAUUAGAUAAUUAAACUUUGCUUUUAAAUCUUUAUUUAUUUUUCUUUUCUAUUUAUUUUUAUCAUUAUAAACAAAAAAACACUCGAAAUUCUACGUGUCCAUGAUUUCUUUAUGCCUACUUGCCCCACGCUCGCGAACGUGUCGAGUACAUCACAAACAUUCACUCUUAACGUAAGAAACAUAAUUUGGUAUGAUAAGAUCAAAUCCGUUAAUAGUUAUAUAUAUAUAUAAUUAACAUGUGUUUUAAAUUGGUAAUUAAGUUCGACGCGCAGAUUUUAAAUGCAAAUCUUAAAAGCGCCGAGUGUUUAAUUGACAAUGCACACAUCUAUGCUAAUACGUUUUCAAUACAUUAGUAAGUAAAAGCCAUCAGAAUUUUUAAAACUAAUGAAACGAACAUUCAAAAUACUACAGCGUGAUCUGCCAUAAUAAUCUACUUUAAAGUUUUGAAAACGGUGAAAUAAGAGUCAAUUUACGAGCAAAUGUAUUGAAAAAAAAAUGUUAUUGUUACCAGUAGUUUAAGCGUCGAUUGUUUUAUUAUAAUAUAUUAUUACUAUAAAUUAUUAUUGAUCAUUUGUUUCUUAAGAGGAGGUAAUGUUUUCCUGUAUAAAAGUCAAAAACCGUUAUGAUUGAAGUGGACAUUGUGACAAUGCAUUCCAUUUUUCUGAACCUUUAGCACUGUUCAUUGAUGCACUAGGAUUCGGAACACAUCUAACCGAAGAUACGUUGCUAGCUGAAAUUGUUAUAAUCAAGUUCCGAUAAAUUAUCUUUUAUUUUAAACAAGUCCCACGAAAGUAGACAAUUAAUGAAAACGAACUAACGUUAUUUGCAUGGCAGAAACAAGAAUAUUAGUAUUUGUGUAUUUUCUCUCGCAAGUUUAAAGUUAUCAUUCUUAUCUCCUCGUUGGCGUUUGUUGCGUUGUUCGUGUAUGCAUUUUUUGUGAAUCUAUAUUAAUUUGUAGCGUUUUUCUUAGUGAUUUUAAACAAAUUUCUCUAUGUGCAAAAUUUCUGGCCCCAGAAUACUAAACAUCUGUUUUUCUAUUUUACAUUUAUUUGGUUACUUACACACGUUAAAAUAACUUACUGAACUAUCACUUUCAGGCAUUUCCUUUCAAAAUAUAAAUAAUGAUAUAAAUAUUAAACUGUGACAGUGCCAAUACUGAUGGUACAAAAAUCUUAAACUUACCAGACGGGAACAAUAAGCUAUCAAUUUCCUACUAUUCUCUGUUGUGAUAAAAUGGCACUAUUUUUAGAGUAUCAAUCGAAUAAGCAUUAUAUGAAAAGGGAGUAUUUAAUAUUCGCGUCAAGAGUUAAGUGAGCGAAAAUUUUUGUACAUAUCUUAAAAUAUGUCUACUCUAUAAUGUCACCGAUAAUACGUGACGUUACUUCGAUUAGAUGUAUCCCAUGCCUUAUCUCUAUUAAUAUCGGCUGUCAUCUCGUUAGAUAUAUUUCUAUUUAUUACUUUUAGCUAUAUAAUAAUGCCAACUUCUAUGGCGUGUACGGUGUGAUCUACUAUAUAUUUAAAUAAAAGUGCAUCAAUUAAUAUACGACAUACAAUGUGCAGACCACUUAAAAAUUAUAACAAAUUUUAUAUAGAAAGUUGAUCUUAUUAAUGCCUUUCUUAUUAAAUUGAUAUCUGAUAUACUGUCGCAAAGGGAGUUAUGAAAUGUCGAACCGUUGCUCGAUUGUUACCGAAUAAGUUAUUAGGAGGUCGGACAGAAAUAUUUGUAUUUUGUCAUAUUUAUACAGAUGAUAAUAUCUCAAUGUAAUAUCAUAGUCCAUUGUACAGUGUAGGCGAUAUUUAGAAUAACAAGUAACAUCAACAUUUUUCUUAUAUCCUAGUUAGAGAUAUAUUAGUAAUACUAAUUCCCAAAUGUAUAUUGAACUUUGUCGCGUGACAAAUACGGCACUUAUGUUAUCCCUCGUGUGUUAAACAUUUUUGCCACGUUCUUUAGUAUGAUAAGUAGGUCUCAAAGUCAAACAGGUUGUGUUAACCCCAUACACGUAUUAUGAAUUAUGAUCAUUACAAUGAAUUUUGGCCUAUUUAAUUUAUACUAUAUUUAUAUAUGUAUACGUUUUAGCCUAAGUCGCAUUUGUCACGCGCGAAAUCUAACACAUUAUACUUAACAUAGCUGAUAUUAUAACGGCUUAAGGCGGGCGUACGUGAAGAUCCUUACCUUACAUAAUUUGUUUAGAUGUAGAUGUUUGAGUUUGCGUAUUCUGAUCAAAUGUUAUUGUAAAUUUGCUGUACAGUAAUCAGAAAAUGGCCGCCGACUAACUUCGGGCCGACGCGACUGCGAUCUCGCAAGACUGUCGAUUAACCGAACAACUUAAAUACUAUGUAUUAUGUCGAUGUAAAUAGAGUACGAAUUAGACAUUUAGACGCGUUAAGGGAUAUAAUCGUAGUGUUUUUUACUUUGUACGGAUCGCUGUAAAGUUUAUAGAGGGAGAAAUGUAAUAUGGAGAUUGAUCGCGGUGAGUGUCGGUACUGGCCGAAGGCUUGACGGCGGCUGCAACGUUGCUGCGAUAUUCCUUGUGCCCCAUGAAAUAUCAGUGCAUUAUAAUAAUAUAUGAGUCAAAGAUGUAUAGACGAUGCGGUAGUGUUAUUGUGUAUAGAAGUGUUUAUACAAGCUCGAGUCAGGCGGAGACCGAUCCUUGCCAGCCGGUUCGAGCGAACGACGACUAGCUAUGAAUCCUGACAUCGGCUCACGUUAAUUAGCUUUUAAAUAUUUCAUCAAAAUAUAAAAUACACAAAAAAAAAAUGGAUAUAAAUUUCUCGACCAAGUGCUGGUUGUUUUUAAAUUAUUAAAAUGUAAAAAAAAUUAGAUUAUAAAACAAAGUAUAGGUACAAUUUAUGAAUUAUACUUUUCUUUUUGGCAUUUCGUGUAACAGUGGAAGGGACUUAGCUUUUUUUGCUACUCAGAAAUCAACUAUAUACUUAAUUAUGUACAGUUGUUUUCAAGUUCUGAUAAUUUGUUGAAGCUACAAAAUAAUGGAUGUUCCUUUUGUGAUUUAUUUUGCUCACGUCCUCUUCCAUUGCUUAAGUUUUUUGUUUUGUCAACUGUCUAAUUGUAUAAUUUGUUAAGGCAGGGUAAUGCAGAUAUGAGAAGAGGUACUUUUUUAUUUUAAACAAGAUUGAUAAUUUGUUUGAAUGUUUCAAUUGAGUUGAUUUAAUCCAUACAAUGGAAUUUGUAUUGUUAUGAAAGGAGCAAGAGUUUGUUGUUUUUUUUUAAUUAAGUCAUUUUGAAUUUUUGAAGAAUAAUGAGGCAGCGAUUAGUUACUUAUGUUUGUCAAGUUACCACAAAAA